AAUCAGAUUGGGACAUCUGUUCCGAGGCGAGAGGCGAGAGGGGGGUGCAUGAUUUCAGUGAAACGGCACUAAGGGGGAGUCAGCAGUUGCUACAGGGCGAAGAGCUAUCAAGGAGACUUAAUAUUACUUUAUUUUGGUACUUUUUUACGGUCGUUUGACGGCUGCUCGUUGGCAUGACUGCCUUGUCGCUGCUCUUUUUGGCCGUGUCGGCCGCUUCUGUCCUGGCUGAGUCCUCUGUGUAUUUCCGAGAGCAAUUUGAAGACGGGGAUGCUUGGAAGAGUCGGUGGGAGGAAUCAAAGCACAAAACAGACUAUGGCAAGUUUGUCCUGACUGCAGGGAAGUUCUAUGGCGAUGCAGAGAAAGACAAAGGUUUGCAGACAAGCCAGGAUGCCCGCUUUUACGCGCUGUCUUCCCGCUUCGAUGACUUCAGCAACCAGGGCCAGCCUCUCGUCAUCCAGUUCACCGUGAAGCAUGAGCAGAACAUCGACUGCGGAGGUGGAUACGUCAAAGUGUUCCCAUCGGACCUCAAGCAGGAGGAGAUGCACGGGGACUCCGUCUACAACAUUAUGUUUGGUCCUGAUAUUUGUGGACCCGGCACGAAGAAAGUCCAUGUGAUCUUCAACUAUAAGGGAAAGAACCAUUUGGUUAACAAAGACAUCAGGUGCAAGGAUGACGAAUUCUCCCACUUGUACACGCUGAUUGUCAACCCUGACAACACGUACGAGGUGAAGAUAGACAACAAGAAGGUCGAGUCCGGCAGCCUGGAGGAUGACUGGGACUUCCUGCCCCCCAAAAAGGUUAAGGACCCUGAAGCCAAGAAGCCAGAAGACUGGGAUGACCGAGAGAAGAUUCCCGAUCCUGAUGAUACCAAACCAGAGGGCUGGGACAAGCCCGAGAACAUUCCAGAUCCAGAUGCCAAGAAACCAGAUGAUUGGGACGAUGAAAUGGACGGAGAGUGGGAGCCUCCCAUGAUCGCUAACCCGGAAUACAAGGGUGAAUGGAAGCCCAAAGAGGUCAGCAACCCUGCCUACAAGGGCAAGUGGGUCCACCCCGAGAUUAACAACCCGGAAUACACUGCUGAUGCAGAGAUUUACAAGUAUGACAGCAUUGGUGUGAUCGGACUGGACCUGUGGCAGGUCAAGUCUGGCACCAUCUUUGACAACUUCCUGAUCACUAAUGACCCCAAACUGGCUGAGGAAGUAGGCGACGACACAUGGGGCAAAACUAAGGAUGCGGAGAAGAAGAUGAAAGAUAGCCAGGAUGAGGAGGAGAGAAAGAAGCGCGAGGAAGAAGACAAGCAGAGGAGAGAUGAGGCAAAUGAGGAGGAGGAGGAGGAGGAGGAGGAGGAAAAAGAUGAAGAGGAGAAGGAUGAGGACGAGGAGGAUGAGGAGGAGGGAGAAGAGGACACAGAGUCCCCCCUGAAGGAUGAGUUAUAAUAUACACCAUUUCAAGGCAAGGAGCAGUUGAAAGAACAGACUGUCUAUGAACCACUGGAAGCAGGCUGAAGUAGACGACUCACCCAGUGGGAGGAGUUUUGUUUGUUUACAAUUUAGGGGUCAAAUAUGAUGAUUGGAAUUCUAGAUAGCAGAGGUUUUCAAAGUGUGAUACAGACAAUAUGAUAUGGUUGGGACCUGCCCUACUCUUCGAAACAUUUAUUUACUGCAGCAUAUUUUGUGGAGUUUUCUGCUCGGCCCCGACUCUUACUCUAACAAGAAAAAAAAUCAUGUUUUAAACAUAACUUGAGUUUAGCAGAUUUGAAAGGGUUUUUUCACAUUUUUUCAAGCUGCUGCAUCUCCCAGGCAAGGCCUGUUUCACACAUUGAAAACCACUCCUCUGUAUAAUUAUGUUAUCCUAAUAACGAUGAUGAUCGAAAUAUGAUUACAAAUGAAGAUGUCAUGAUGAAUGUCAGGACUAGAAAAUCAAAAAACACAUUUCAGAAUUUUUUUUGCAGUUUAGACCCUCCAGAAAUGUGUAAGGCGUGAUUUAUGUGUGUUUUGUCAAAACCUGCGUUGUUAGGAAAUAUACGGGGUUAUUUAAAAAGAAUGGACUGGUUUCAUGACUCAUUGCUGCGGUUUUGAAGCAUUGUCACGAAAUGAGUCAGUGACCAUUUGAAAGAGGAGUUUUCCAAGUUUUGAAUGGCUGCCACAGGGGCGCUUAAACAUCGUAUAACAACAGUGAUCAACGCAGUAGAUGGUGAUAAGCUUAUGUGCGUCUGGCAGGAAUUCUCUUAUCGCACUGAUGUUGCCAGUGCUGCAGGUGGAGGCCAUAUUGAAAGCUUUUAAGACAGGAAAUAACACUUGAUUGUGCGUAGAGCACUCGUGACUUGGCAGCCGGUUCAUUCUUUUAGAAUAACCCCGUGUGGUGGUGUUGACACAUGACAAAACCUAUUUGCUUACUGCAGAUUUUGUUUGUAAAAAUAUUUGUUUUGUGUAUUCCUUGUCAUGUAAUGCUGUUUUUUUAUGCUUUUGUCAGUCCCCAAUUUAAAAGCCCACUCAACUGGUUAGGUAGAAAUGAUCACAACGAAAUUUCGACAUCGGAACCUCUAAAGUCAAAUGCUGUUAAAGUCAACUUGCCUAUUUUUGCACUGUACAGUUAUUUGUGCAUAUAUAGUCUCAGUGUAGUGUUUAAAUGGAUUUAUGAAGCACUCCAGUAGCAGGAACGCUUUUUAGGUUGACCACUCAUUGUUUGGUGUGUACACAAGUCAACUGUCCUCAUUACCCAGACUGCCUAAAAAGGAUAAGCGCUUUUUUUUUGUAAGACAUUUUGUACUAAUACUGGUGGUAAAAUGAACGUGCAGAGGUUUGUCAUUGCAGUGCAAAAUAAAGACAGUUAUGUCCCAAUAAAAAACAGGAAAAUGACUCAAAACCUCAUUUAAAAAAAGUUAUUAAAAUAUUUGCCACUUGUCUAUAAGCAAAUUAAACACUCUUAAUAAAGGCUAUAAAGUAAGGUGACAAA